UCCGCAGACAACACUGCACUUUAUGCUGUCGGUCGUGAAACCAGCGAAACAAGCGCUUGUUGGCGUGGUGUGUCUUCACGCCGCCCGACCUUGGCUUUGCGGACUUCCAUCCACCCACUCAUCAGACCUCACCAUCUCACCAUCACAUCUCAAUCAACAGCACGGCUCACAGCAUUGUCACGGCUCACAGCAUUGUCACGUCUUGCGUCAGAUCACAUCACACCAUGGGCCGCCGGCGGGCUGCGCGACACGACGCUGUCGCCACAACCUCGUCGGUUGGACUGAAGAGCAAAGACAAGAAUACUAGCAGCAGCAACAACAACAACAAGCAAGCAGGCGCUGCGGACAACGUGCGGACCAAAGGUGGCAAUGCCAGCAGCAACCACCACAAUGCGGGGAGCAACCACGUCGCAUCGGCGUCAAGCAGCGGAGCCAGCAGCGCAACCAGCAGCCGACACAACUCCAGCGCCGGUGCAAAGGCAAAACAGGCGUGUUUGGCUGCAGCACGCAAGGCGGGCCGGCGCAAGGGCGCUGCCAACACUGCCCACAACAGCCAUGCCAGCUCACGCCUGCGUGGCCACCAUCGCGGUGGAAGCAGCGCAAGCGCACCAAGCAGUCGGACCGGCAGCCGCCGUGGCAGCGCUGACCUUUUGCUUGCCAGCGCACCUGACACAAGGUCAAGCAACACUGCCGCCCCGGAAGCCAUCAGAGCAAUCACAGCUGCCCGCCCGCCACACCAACAGCAGCAACAGCAACAGCAACAGCAACAGCAACAGCAGCUUGUGCCCGGUGUUUCCGAAGCGCUGCAGCUUGAUAUGGGCGAUGUGCGGCCACUGGCGAAUUUGGAUGAGCUGUGGGAGUCGACCACCAACCUGGCCGAUGCCAUGGCAUAUGUGCAAGCGCUGCCCGCGGACUCACAGGACCGCGACAACGCAUACAACGCCGUCGUGCUGCGCUUCCUGCCCCUCAUUGGCAGAACCAGCAAACACCAAGGCUCUGCGUAUGUCCGCAAGUCCUUUGAAGAUGACUUUGCCGUCAACCACCUGGUUGCGCGGAUGAAGAGCACGCGCGAUGUUGGCGUCCUCAACACGUGCAUCAACUCCCUGUGUGCGCUGUCCACGCAUCCGACCAACGUGGUCGCCAUGUGCACCGCGGGCCUCCACAAGCCCGUCCUCCAGGCCGCACGCACACACAUCCGCAACGAUGCGCUCAUCAAGCUGGCCGCCGCCACCCUCAGCAAUUUGGCGCUGCACCACAACACGGGCACCACUCUCCUCAGAGCCAACGUGCACACGCUGUGCUCGCUGCUGCUUGAGGAGUGCGGUGCCAGCGACCUGAUCACAGAGUGCACCAUCACCUGCCUCGCCAACCUCGCCAACGCCCGCGACGCAACCGUUGGCCGCGCACUCGUCAGCCACGACCUCCACACCGCUUGCAUCAGACUGCUUGAGACGACGGCGCACGCCGGCAUCCGCUACCACGUGUCGCUCUUCCUGAACAAUCUCUCUGUGCACGAGCAGAACCACCCGGCCCUCAUAUCUGCGGGCGCAAUCGCAGCAGCCGUCACCACCCUCGCACACCACCACGCACACGCCAAGCUGUGUGAGUGCCUGUUGGGAAUGCUUGCGCGUCUGUUCCGCGCCGGCGUUGCCGACCGCAUCCCAAGACCACAGGCCGAGGAGGCGAUUGUGGCUGCAAUGCGGGCCCACCCGCGUGCACCUCCCGUCCAGACGUACGGCUGCGUCUCUCUCCUCUCCCUUGCCGCCGUGCUCACCCUGCAGGAGCGCGUCGCUCUCACCGCCACGCUGACGACGCACAGCCCCACGAUGAACGCGGGCCUCGUUGCAGCGUGCACGCGCGGAGACGAACACGUUGUCAACGCCUACAUCAAGCUGUUUGACUGCGACGUGAACGCGUGUGAACCCCACCAGCAACAGCAGCAACAUGGGCCGGCUGCUGGUGGUGGCAGUGGUGGUCGAUCACCGCUCGUGUGCGCCAUCAUGAACGGCCACCAGGACACCGUCAAGAUUCUCCUCGCAAACAACGCACAGACGCCGACCAAGACAAUGUUUUCGCGCAUGGUCGAGCGCGUCUUCUGCAACAAGAACGCCGAUCUUCGAUUCCGGCAGAUGCUCUGUCUUGAAAUUGUUCGCCAAUGCACAGACGCCGACGAGUGCGGCGUGCCCCGGCUGGACCUGUGCUGCUUCGGCGGCAACAAGAGCAUUCAGGCACUGCUCGGGAAGCCAUCGCAGUCGUCAUCGUCAUCAGCAGCAGCCGGCGGGAACACCACGACGUGCACAGACACAUCAACAUCAUCAUCAACAUCGUCAUCAAAGCCACCCUGUUCAUUCUCAUCAUCAGCCGCAGCAGCACCCUCAUCACUAUCAUCGUCGUCAUCGCCGCGCGUAAAGGACCUGCGUGUCGGCCACCACCGACUAGAGCGGUUGAAUGCGGCGACACAGGCGCUGCGGCGACGGGCGGGCUUUCCCCCCGAUGGCGGUGGACACACACACAAGCACAGGCAGGCCGCGGUGGCAGCAGUGGCACGCCAGCAGCAGCAGCAGGCUGCUACUGCCGCCAACUGGCUCGACCGCUGGCUCCUGCACAUUGACCAGAUUCUCCUCCACUCCGUCUUCGACGCCCAGACGGGCGAACUGAUGCUGCUGCGUGCUGCGCUGCUGGUGAUUGGGUCGUCGUUGCUGGCUGGCCUCGCCGUUGGUGCCGCACUCAUACUCCUCACCACAUAGCACCACCACCACCACCACCACCGAUGCACGUAUCAAUGUGUCGAGUGCUCGUGUCAAGCAAUGAACCAAACAAAGCCCAA